CUCCAAAUUUUUUGCACUAUAUUUGGCAUCCACAUCGUUUGUUGUUUAAGAUGAACAGCAUUUUGUGGAUAUGAAAAUUGCCUUUCCCAAUGAAAUCGUAGAUUGUACUUGAUAUAUUGGGUAUAUUUGCGUGCUUUUUAGUUUGAGAGUUCAUGCCUGAUUGAAUAUAGUACAGUAAAAGGUCCGUUUAUGUACAUGUAACAUGCACACAAUCUGGAAACAUGUCAUGAGCAUCAAAAGAUUUAGAGCAGUUUCUAAGGAUGAUGAGAACCAUCAACUUCAGGCAUAACGUCGAACAGACAAGAUUUGUCAUCUUCCCGGGAGAGACUCCUAACAUGUCAGUUCUUGUGACAGUCCUAGAGUCCAUGGGCAUUGAAUGGGACAUUGCGUAUUAUCAUUGCAAUCCUGUAGUACUACAAGAGAGCUGUUCCUUGACAAAGUCAACACACCCUCUCAUUGUGACAAAAACAUGUCAACCAAUCAAAGGAGAUGACCUAUUCACGCAGUCUGCAGAUGAGUUCUUCGCAGAAAAAGACACUGGAAUCACCCACCAAAGGCAAAAGCCAGUUAAAUUGUAUGUAAAAUUGCUAAACCUUUUUGUACAGGACAAAACUCUAUAUGUAGUUGAUGCCUGCGGAGGUUCAGGAUCAUGUGCCUUAGCUUGCCAAGAACUUUGUGUAAAAUGCCUAGUUCUUGACAGGUCUGCUAUUAAAGUGAGAUUAAUCCAGCAGAGGGCUAAAUAAAUCAGGUAAACCUAGCAAAUACAGUAUGUACCUGACAGUAGUGAUCUUAAUAUGUUGUUUUUAUUGAAAGUGUAUAUGGUAGAGUUGCUGUUCAUUGCUGUACCAGCUUCUAUGUUAAGCUCAAGAAUGUAUUUUAUUAAUGUAAUUUAUUUAAUUAAUUAAUUAUAUGAUUAAUUGAACAAUUUCCUAACAGUUAAUAUUGUAUUGUUAUAUUGUAAUUAUUAUAUUGUAUUAUUAUAUUAUAUUGUAUAUUUUCUCUAAAUCAGGCAAGGCUUCGAGAUCUCGAAACCAGGCAAAGGCUUCGAGAUCUCGAAACCAAAAGGCUUCGAGAUCUCGAAACCAGGCAAAGGCUUCGAGAUCUCAAAACCAGACAAGGCUUCGAGAUCUCAAAACCAGGCAAAGGCUUCGAGAUCUCGAAACCAGGCAAGGCUUUCGAGAUCUCGAAACCAGAAAAGGUUUGCUUUGUGAUAUUGGACAUGCUGUAAAUCAAUUUUCCAUUAUAAUUGUGGCAAAUUUGCGAAAUACCACACUGUGCUGAAUCAAUCUUCAUUUUAGUAGCAAAAUACCUCAAAAUAGCAAGAUGAUUAAUGUAUC